UGCGCGCAGCGGCGGCGGCCCAUGGGAGGAGAGGAGGCCGGAAGAGGCCGGUCUGUAGCAGCGCCGCAGCACCAGCUCGGGGAGGAGGGUGUGAGCUGAGCGGCCUGCGUGCGUGUGUGAGUGACAAGCAGUGCGGGCCACGCCGCCGCCGCUGUCACCCGCUCAUCCUUCCUCCCGCACUCACCCGCCUCCGCCCGUCUCCAGUGCUCCAGGCCCCGCUUCCCGCCGCCGCGGUAGGAUGCUCUUGUUCGUGGAGGUGGCGUCUAAAGGAGCUGGUUUGAAUCCCAAUGCAAAAGUAUGGCAGGAAAUCCCACAAGGAAACACUGACGUUUCUCAGGCAGUCAAUGGCACAGAAGAGUCUUGGGAUGAGGCAGCUGCCACAACAGAAGCCCACAUAGAAGGCACUCUUGAAGGUCUGAGUGAGACUUGUAAACCGUUUGAAGUAAUGUAUUCCCCCUCGUGUGAAGUAAGCAGUGGAGAUAGUAUUCAUUUAGAGGAAGCAGCAGCAAAUGGAAUGGAAUUAUUAGUACAAGACAAACUUGGAUAUCAGAUGUUCGAGGUUUCAGGUGAUGGCACUUCAACCAUUCCACAAGCUGUUUCUGCAGAAGAACUUAAGGAUUGUUUGAAAAAGCAACUAGAAUUCUGCUUUUCAAGAGAGAACUUGUCAAAAGAUCUGUAUUUGAUGUCUCAAAUGGAUAGUGACCAGUUUAUACCUAUAUGGACAAUUGCAAACAUGGAAGGCAUAAAGAAACUCACCACUGAUCUGGAUCUUAUAGUUGAAGUUCUCCGCUCUACUCCUAUGGUUCAAGUUGAUGAGAAAGGAGAGAAAGUAAGACCAAAUCAUAAACGAUGUAUUAUCAUUCUGCGCGAAAUCCCAGAAACAACUCCUGUAGAGGAGGUGAAAGCACUUUUUGACAAUGAAAAUUGCCCCAAAGUAAUAAGCUGUGAGUUUGCUCACAAUAACAACUGGUAUGUUACAUUCCAGUCUGACACUGAUGCACAACAGGCAUUCAAAUAUCUAAGGGAAGAAGUUAAAACAUUUCAGGACAAGCCAAUAAUGGCUAGGAUAAAAGCCAUCAACACAUUCUUUGCAAAGAAUGGAUAUAGAACGGUGGACUCUAGUGUGUACACUCAGCCCGUUCAGACCCAAGCACAGUUCCCCUCUCCUCUCUUUAUGCAGCCUGUAUAUAGUCCUCAUCAGCAGUAUUCAAUUUAUAACAUUGUGCCUCAAACAUGGUCUCCAAACCCAGCACCUUACUUUGAAACACCACUGGCUCCAUUUCCUAAUGGAGGGUUUGUCAAUGGUUUUAAUUCUUCAGGAUCUUAUAAAACAAGUGCUGCUUCUUUAAGUAUAGGUCGACCUUUCAAUAGAAACCGUGUGAAGCCUCAAUUUCGAUCAUCUACCAACUCCUCAGAACGGGCUACUGAUGGCAGCACCACAACUCCAAUACCGUUAGCAGAUAUACAUAUUAAUAGAGCAAAUUUACGACCUUUUCCCUCAGAACGGCACACCGCGUCUUUAACAGGGCAUCAGGAUAAUGCACAAUCUUUACACACAGAACAGAAUGGGAUGGAUGGAGCUGGUCGUGGCAGGAGGAAUGUCUUCAGAGGAAGACGAAGAAGAGAUGAUGAUCGCACUUCUCGACCAUUGUCUGCAAUGGAAGAAAUUGUGCAGACACCAAAGUUUGACUUGUUGGCAACUAAUUUCCCUCCCCUACCCGGAAGUAUAGCGAGCACACCCGGGGAGCCUGUGCUUGAAAGCAGGAUGUCUGAUGUUGUCAAAGGAAUUUGCAAAGAGAAAGAGAAUAAGGAAUUGCUUCCAAAUUUGACUAUACCUGCUCAGGAAGAACCCACAAAAACCACACUGCAGCAGCCUGUUGCGUGUGUCGCCCGCCAUACUACAGAAGACAUUACGCCGCCCCCACCUUUACCUAGCAGUCCUGUUAAUGAGAAGAAACCUACAGAAAUUUCUUGUCACAAAGAUGUAGCAAGUCAGACCUCGUCAGUGUUACCAUUGUGCAAUUCUACUUCCACAAAACCACUGAAACCUACCACCACUGCACCGAUGACAAGUAUGUCGCCUGCUCAAAAUAUACAGGAACCACGUAAAUUAAGUUACGCAGAAGUAUGUCAAAAACCUCCUAAGGAGCCAACUCCAGCCCCAGUCCAACCGCUUCGUGAGCUUCGUUCAAAUAUAGCGCCACCUGCCAAAAAUGAAGAAAGUUCUGUUCCAGAAAAGAGUUUUGAAAAGACUCAUGAGAAGGUUGAAGGAAAAGUAAAAGAUUCUCCUGGGCACCGCAGCAACGGAACUCCCCGAGGUGGUGGUGGUGCAGGAAAAAUCAGGGAACAGAGGCGCCAGUUUGGACGCAGAUCUUCACCUCAGGGAGCAUUGCGGCGCAAUGGCAAGGAGCAAUAUGUGCCACCAAGAUCACCAAAGUAAAAACUAUUUUGGAACUUUAACUUUCAAACUGGACUGAUUGCAACGACAGAUAAAGGACUUGGUUAAAAAUGGUCAUCGGUUUUGUUGAUCAAUUUGUAAAUAGUGGGCAUAAUGGAAAUUCAAAAUUCAUCUCAGAGAUAUGGUUUGAGGUGGUAAUGAGUUCCAGGUGUGAUUUAAAAAGCAUAUAAUCAGUAGGAUUUUUUUCUUUGUGGGUUGGGUCAGAAACCUGAGGGGGUUGUUUUCUUAAACAUUUUAAGUUGCAGAGGUUACCUGUUAUAUAUCAGUUUCAGGGUUGUGACAUAAACCUAGAACUCCCUCCAUCGAAGAGGGUAAGAGAAAAUAUUUUUGAAAAAUAGAUGUUAAAAAUGUAAAAAAAUAAUAAAAUAAAAAAAAUAGAACUUUAAAAAUUACUUUUUUUAAUCUAUUUAAGGCUUUGCUGGUAGUAUAUGUAUGCCAUUUUGGCCUUGAAGUGAAAAAUCAUGGAUGCAGUGUGGUCAAUGUGUUAAGUAACUGUGGCCAGUUGCUGUUAUUGUCACGCAUUAUAACACUGAAUGUACAGCUACUCUGUAAUGUCUAUUAGCUUGAAAUUUAGUUUGUCUUUUGACCUUACUAAAAUUUCUUUCAAAGCUUUUUAUCUAUCAAGUCAAUAUAUUUGAAAGAUAGCAAAAGGCUUAGCUAUAACAAAGGCAUGUGAUUCGGUAAUCAAGCUUUUUUUCUUUUUCUUUUUUCUUUCAUAUUUACUGUUUGUUUUUGUUUUUUUAUUCUCCCAAUUCAUGCAUGGCUUCAUGUUCAUAGCUGUGUUAAUCUGUAAAUGCAGGCUAUGUAUGUGUAUGUCGUCUUUACAAAAGGGCUAUGCGUAACUGACAUGACUUUAAAUGGCUCACAUUGAAAUGAUUGGUGAAAUUAUGCUUUAUCGGUGGCAUAUACUAUUGAAUAUUGAUGCAACUGUUUUUCCUCGGAUACCAGAUUUACAGCAGUUACACAAUUUAUCUUCAAUUUCAUUUAUUUUUUUAUUUUUUUUGUUAUACUUAAAAUAAAAUGACUAGCUAUAUGUGAAAGAAUAGUCUUUGGUAGAAGUCAUCACAGUUUAGUUUUACAGUAGGAUUAAAGUUUUUUUUCCUUCUUUAACAUGUUUUAAAGUUGUCCUAUUCCGUUUCCAUUUGUCUUUUCAGUAAUUAGUUUAUUUUAAGGACUUCCUAAAGACAUUGUUUUUUUUGUUUGUUUUUUCUUAAACUGGUUGCAUGUCAAUCGGUGUCAUUUUCUAAAACUCAGUCCUAUUUUAAUUGCACCAUUCACUGUUAAAUUUGUAUAGCAGGGUCAAUUGAAGCGAAGUCUUUAAGACUUGUAUAGUGAGCACUAUAAUUGUGCUAUAUUCUGAUAAUGUUGGGCCUAUUCUGUGUUCAUCUUUGGCACAGAUAUUCUACCGUUUUAUCUCUCGUGUUCUACUCUAUAGCUGAACAUGUGGAUAUAGUGCUUUUAACCAUACUUUUUGAAAAUAGGACUUGAGUAUUGUAUUUUUUUUCUUCCUCGUUCUAGAUGUAAAAUAAUUUAUAGUUGAUUGUGACUUGCAGAAAUACUACAAUGUAAGUUGAUAUGUGAAAUUGAAAGGAAGGUUUGUGUGUAUAUAGCAUUUUCUUUAGACUUAAUGCUCAUUUAUAGAAAUGCCUAUCACAUGUGAUAGGCUUAUUCUGUAUAAGCGCUACGUAAGGAUCUUCAUGUAUUUAUUUGAAUUUUCUGUGCUAGAUCUUUUGUUGCCUUUUGUAGAAUUUUUUUUUUUUUUUUUAUCAGGGGUUAUCAAAGUAUAGUUAAGGCUGUGAAAAUAUCUAGAUUGUGUAUAAACUACAAAUGCAGUAUGUUGCAUGAAAAGCACAAAGCCUUAUGUAGGCCGGCUGCUAACUCAAAUCAUAUUCUCCAUGUAUAUAUUUUCUCAGGCAAACUUCAGAUAUCAAAUUAUGCCGUUACUACAUCUGUUUUAGGUGUUCUGUAACUUAGAAAAGCGUUCCUUUUUAAUCAAUAUUUACAAAUGUCUGCUUCAGCUCCAAUUAGCUUUGUUCACAGUAAUCAUAAUCUGUUGAAUCUUUAAUUAGCAUGUUGCAAAAAAAGUAAUUUUGGGGUGUUGUCUUUUACGUUGUAGCGGUCUUUUGAAUAGGCCAUUCUUUUGUUUCAAAAAAUUAAAUGUGAUUCAUCUUUUCUGUAUUGUAUGAUCUUACCACUAUUAAUGCAUUUAACAUUACACUGCAAAAAAAAGUCAAAGCAUAUAAUCUACAUGAAAAUUGCGUGGUCUAACAUUCCUGUUUGUACGGUCACAAGACGUGCUCUGCGUGAAGUGAAAAACAUUAAAUAUAUUUGUAGAAUAUGAUUUUAUCCUGUGACACAUCCACUUUGCUGUGUAAGGAUAUACAUCUAUAAACCCUCUCUGGAAGCUGGACUAGAAACAGAUAAUUGCUUAUGAUUUUAUAUGUUUUAUUUGCUAUAUGUUGGUGGUUUUUGUUUUUUAUUCUUGUUUUUCCCUUGCCUUUAACUCUGCAUCGUCCUUAAUACAGCUUAUUGAUAUAUAUUGAGUUGUUAGGGCUUCCUUUUACUAUGGUACCACAGAAUUGUCAGCUUACUGUUUAAAUAUGGGCUGUCAGGCCAUAAACAAAAUGCGUGUUCUGAAUCUGGAACAUGAUCUUUGUUUACCUAAAACUCUCCAAAUAGACUUUCAGGCACUUAUAUAUUUUUGAUUGUUUAAAACCUGUACUCUGAAAUCAUCUGUAACUGCAUUAUUUUACUUGGUAAUUCUACCCUGCCUUGGCGUUUUGUUAAAUAUAUAUUGGUCUUUUUAAGACAAUUUUUUUUUUUUUUUUUUUUUCACCCAGUUUUCCAGGUAAUCAUCUGAAUUCAAAAUCGUGAAAUAGGGUUCAUGCUUUAAAUGUAUACAUGUAUUUGUAAUCUAUUCUGGACAUUGCCAAGGUGCUAUAAAAUAUUUGAAAUAACAGAUGUAGAAGAAUAAAGCUGAUUCAAAGGGUAAA